CUUACUCAACGGCGUGCAAACCGACGUCAUCAUUUUCCCGCCUCUCUCUUGGAUGAUUCCCAAUUCCGCUACAUUAAGCCAUAUAUGUUAAGGUAAAAGGCGAACUCGUUUCGAAUUCAUAAUUCAAACCCCUGCGCUCAUAGCUUAUAGUGUCGUGCACUGGAACCUCAAUAACCAGUUGUGUACGAUGCCUUAGCCUGUUCACAGGGAUCGUUUGUACGUUGUCUGCUGUGUACCUCCGGCACCUGGAAAACGGAAGUGAUUAAUGCCAUGCGGUUCUAUAUAGUAAAUUCGGCCUUACCCCUUCACUGAAGUGACAACACGUGCAUAAUUUAGGUUCAAUCCAAUUGAAGGCAGAAAUAGUGUGUUACAUAGUUGGUGAAUGUGUAGUGCCUGGUGCUGAAAAUAUAUAGAAAUUAAUUUAAAUUAUUCAUAGUGCGUAGAUAAGAGGAGAAUGUUACAUGCAGCAUUCAUGAAUGUACCCAAGAGUGCUUUGACCGUAUGACGAUAAACAAAACGCUAAUUUACACGGUGAAUUUAAAUCGCGAAACCUCCCCCAAAAAGGUAUCACGCGUAAUCGCAACCUAAUCCUGUCUAUGCCCGUGAAUUCGCCAAUCGCAUUAAGUGCAAACUGGUAUUACAUUUGAAAUUAUAUCCACGUAAAAAUGGCGCGAAUUUCGGUAGGUGAUCAAAAUUUAGUGCCUCGAAAUGUGUUUGGCGAAAAAUCACCACCCCCAUUGUCCGUACCGGAAGACGAUGGAAAUGUGCGGUCGUCAUCGGACACGGUUGAAUCAACUGGUGGCGUGAAACUGAAAAAGGAAAUCAGCUUGCUAGAUGGUGUGGCAAUUAUAGUGGGUGUGAUUGUUGGCGCCGGGAUUUUUGUAAGUCCCAAAGGUGUCUUACUGUAUUCAGGAUCGAUCGGUCAAGCCGUCAUUGUAUGGAUUUUGUCAGGCGUUCUGAGCAUGGUCGGCGCAUUAUGCUAUGCAGAAUUGGGAACUAUGAUUCCAAAAUCUGGUGGAGAUUAUGCAUACAUCGGUGUUGCGUUCGGCCCUCUGCCCGCCUUCCUCUAUUUAUGGGUAGCGCUAUUAAUUCUAGUGCCGACAGGAAACGCAAUUACGGCGCUGACUUUUGCACAAUAUUUACUACAGCCGUUCUGGCCAUCGUGUGACGCUCCUUAUGAGGCUGUGAGGCUUUUAGCAGGCUUAAUUACGUGUAUUUUAACUGUGAUAAAUUGCUACAACGUGAAAUGGGUGACACGUGUAACAGACAUCUUUACAGGAACCAAAAUUUUGGCUCUUUUAGUCAUAGUCGGAGCUGGAUUGUGGUACAUAUUUGCAGGAAACACAGAGCAGUGGGCUGCACCUAUGCAUGGAUCCUUAUUCUCACCAGGAUAUAUUGCUCUAGCUUUCUACAACGGGCUCUUCUCCUACUCCGGAUGGAAUUAUCUCAAUUUUGUGACGGAGGAACUUAAGAACCCAUAUCGCAAUCUUCCACGAGCAAUUUGCAUCUCCAUGCCAGUAGUCACAUUGAUAUAUGUUGUUACAAAUAUUGCAUAUUUCUCUGUUCUAUCAACAGAGGAGAUCCUGUCCUCAGAUGCAGUUGCAGUAACGUUCGGUCAUAAAAUGCUGGGCUUUAUGUCAUGGCUAAUGCCAUUCUUCGUUGCUUGCUCGACAUUUGGAUCACUGAACGGUGCAAUAUUUGCAUCGUCUAGACUAUUCUUUGUAGGUGCUCGUAAUGGACACUUACCAGCCGCAAUAUCUUUAAUUAAUAUCAAUUGCCUGACGCCGGUACCUGCUUUGAUAUUUCUAUGUAUAUUGACGCUAGCGUUACUCUUUAUUCGAGAUAUUUAUGCACUCAUAAACUAUGUUAGUUUUGUUGAGGCUCUCUUUACUCUUAUGUCCAUAUCAGGACUGCUAUGGCUACGAAGGAAGCAACCGAAUACGAAACGACCAAUUAGGGUCAACUCAGUGCUUCCAUUUAUCUAUUUGCUAACAUGCGGUUUCCUUGUAAUUUCAUCAUGUUAUGUAUCACCAGUAGAAGUUGGAGUCGGCACUGCCAUAAUCCUAUCCGGAAUUCCAAUUUAUUAUGCCACAAUCUACAAACCUAUUGCAUUUUUAAGGCGAAUAUCGAAUGAUAUCAAUAUGCUCUGUGCAAAAUUCUUCAUUUGUAUGCCAAAUGAAGAGAAAUUUGACUAACUCAUAGGCAGUAAGAAAUGUAAACGUAAUUCCACUAUUAAUUUAUUAAUAAGAGAAAAUAUUUCCAAUAUACUGUUCAGGAAUGUAGAUGACAUCAGUCAGAAAAGUAAUGUAUUUGUUCGAAAAAGACUUUUUUCAUUGAACGCAACGGUUAUAGAUAUCUUCGAAUUCAGUUUACUUGUUAAAAGUAAAGGCUGGGAGUCUAUUAUAAUAGUAGGUUAUUGUAAAACGUUUGCAUAUUUAUGCUAAUUUAGUGUGCUGUUGUUAUGUUGCUGAAGUAAGCAAAAGUUCACUCAACUUUACAAUAUAUUUUUAUAGAAUUAAGAAAUAAGCUCUCAAAUCGCCAAUUUGCGAUAUUAUAAGGAUCAAAGGUAUUAAACCAGUAUCAGUCCAAGCGUACACCGUUUGGCUCUCAAAUCAAGACAAUAUUAAACUCAAAAUUGCUUAGAAUAGUAUCUUGACAUUUUGUGGAGAAAACGAUAGAUUAGAGUCUCAUCUAGAGUAAAAAUAAAGCGAGAAACACUAUUUUCAUACCUAGGGAUAUAUACAUCUUUAAAAAGGAAAACAUAUACAGGAAGUCGUGCUUCCAGGCUCGUUAUUGGUUUAAAUUAUUAAUUUACUUUUUAAUAUAAUAGAAUUUCCCCUAGUAAUAAACUGUAAAUUAUUAUAUAUGAAAUAAACAACUUUGUAAUAAAUUUAGGAUACAACCAAAUGAA